AUGGAUCUGCAAGGCAACGCCAUCCCCCCAGGCCACAGAAGCACCAAGGUGACCCAAGACCCUGCCGCCAGAAACCCCAUCCAAGAAUCCACCGGAGCAGUCGCCAACGACUCUCUCGCCGCUGAAUCGACCAAGUCCGGCGGAGGAUUCUCUCAGAAUCGCGGAGCCGCGCCUCUCGGAGUCUCCGGCAACCAGUCCACCUUGAACAACACAAACACCUCCGGCGCCAGCAAGCUGCCGCCGGCCUCUAGCGGCGCUGCCCGUGAGGACCCCAACAGAAUGGAACGAUACCCCGAAGCCAUGGGUGGCCAAGGGAGCUUCCCCGGCACUCACGUCCCCGAGACCGGCUACACGGGCGGCUCCACCGCCGCCAAGCAGGAACUGGGGAUCAACCAGGGCGCGUACCCCGCCUCGCAAAAGGUUUCGCAGGCCGCCCAAGCCAGCGGAAGCGGCUACGACAGUCAGGACAACGGCGGCCAGGCGCCUUCCUACGUCGAGGAUGUGACCGGCCACCUCGGCAACGCCAAGCCCAAGGGCAAGAACCUGAAGGAAGGUGGCUUCGACGACGACCCGAAGAACAACGCCAGCUUCACCUCCGAGAUUGGCAGCGACCAGGAUCCUGGUCGGUACGCUGAGAAGGUGUUCGAGCGCAAGGUCGCCGAGACUGCCGCGGAUACUGCCCGCGGUCCAACAGAGAAGGGCAUCAGUGACCGAACCUGGUAUCAGCCGCUGGAAAGCGACCAGAGAGCUUGA